AUGACGCAUUCGGUGGAGGACGGGGUGUAUUCAACGUUUACACUCAAUAUCUUCUUCUUUUUAAGUACCUUCUUCUUCUUUUUAAGUAUCUUCUUUUUAAGUAUCUUCUUCUUUUUAAGUAUCUUCUUCUUCUUUUUAAGUAUCUUCUUCUUUUUAAGUACCUUCUUCUUCUUUUUAAGUAUCUUCUUCUUUUUAAGUACCUUCUUCUUUUUAAGUAUCUUCUUCUUUUUAAGUACCUUCUUCUUCUUUUUAAGUAUCUUCUUCUUUUUAAGUACCUUCUUCUUUUUAAGUACCUUCUUCUUUUUAAGUAUCUUCUUCUUUUUAAGUACCUUCUUCUUCUUUUUAAGUACCUUCUUCUUCUUUUUAAGUAUCUUCUUCUUCUUUUUAAGUAUCUUCUUCUUCUUUUUAAGUACCUUCUUCUUCUUUUUAAGUACCUUCUUCUUCUUCAAGAUUUUUGUAGUUUUCUGUGUCUGUAUGGCUGUAGACAAAGAGGUGUUACGAAACAAGAAAGAGACAUUCAUUAACUCUCAUAAAAUCUACCCAAACGACCUGACUAUCGGUUCGAUCAACGCCGAGAUGUUUGAUCAUUCACCAGUUGCUGUUUCGGGCCACCCUAUCAAAAGAGAGACGAUCCAAAAAAGGAUACCUAACACAGAAUCCGAAAACUUUGUUCUCCUUCAUGAUAUCAAAACCAAUCAAGGAGCGAAGACAAAAGGGCGGUUCCAAAAUGAUGACAUCAAAGAUGCCAGACGGUAUCAUUUUUUGAGCAAGUCCGAACCAGUCAUUCACCGUAACAACCUCACCGACCAUAAUAAUAAUAAUAGCAAUAACAAUCUUUCCCGUUCUUUGAAACAAGACGUUCCAAGGAUCGUUGUUACGAACCCGCGUGAUAAAAACGGUUCGGAUGGACUCGUUCUUCGCAACCCAGUUUCCAAGUUCAUAUCCCGCCAUUAUGGGCACAGUUCCUAUCAUGGUGACGUUUACACUUUAUCAGCUUAUAAUACUCCCUCAAACGAUCAAUGGCUCACGGAAAAAUUCGAUCCGGCUAAUUACAAACAUCGCAAGAGUUGCAAUGUGUCGAUUGAUAACGAUGCGGAAGAGGACCCGUGGGGUUUGUUAAACGUUCACAGUACUUUGAAAAAACGUUCGUCUUUGCCAGCCAAUCAAAUAUCAACGUUUGAUAUGCUCGUUCGCAAAAACGGUUUCCGGAUUAAAGGGAAUAGGGAAAACAGUGUUUUGAAUGAAGUGAAACGCGACGAUGAGGACCAAUUUCUUGAGCCCAGGCCGUAUCAGACGGUGCCAAAGAAAAAGAACGUGGGCGUUGGGAACUGUUUCAGAAGCAUUACUACCAGUACUUCUUCAGAAAAUCCAGAUACACCGAGCAGUUUCCCUGCUGUUUGUACCGGAGAUGAAGACAACAGUUUCCCUACCGCUGCACUAAGACGAUGUCACAACAUAUUACCGGACGAAAACCACGGACACAGUCCGCUAAGAAAUACGUGCCCACCGGAUAUUUUACGCAAAGCUCCUGAAUUCCAAUACGACAUCUACAGCCGUCCAAUGAGUAGCUCAGUUAAAUCUAGUUUUUCUAACAAGAAGAAUACUAAUAAUAAUAAUAGGCAAAGUGAUAACCUGGGUAAUUCUUCACAAAUGGUCCUUAUGUUGUCAUCUUUUAACAAACGGACUCCUUCCCCUACAACCGUUACUGGAAUUCCAAAGUCUGAGUUGACCAAGUCAUUUCAGACGAUGGCUUCUCCGCCAUCCAAAAGGGCUAAGAGUCCCUGUCAGCGGACUAUCGAUAGGGUUUCUCUUACAAUUGAAAAGAGUAAAUCAGAACCGGACUUGGAGUCCUUCUUUAAGAAAAAUAAAAACAAAAGCAAUAACAGCAGCUCGUCACUUAAAAAUAUUUUUCUUCCUUCUUCUCCCUCAGCUAUGCAAAAAACGAAGUCUUCGCCAUCGAAUAAGAUCUUGUCCAAACGCUGGAGAAAUAAAUACAAAGAAAACCCGAAUAACACGACAGCAAUAUGGCGCCCGGAGGGUUACUGCACAUGGAGCAGCGUUGGUGGCCGGAAGGUGGUGCUGCAACCUACAAAUAUUUUAAACUUUUCAAAGACCUCAGAACAAACCGCUCUUCAGCAAGUGGCACUAUCCAAGGUGCAGGACACACUUCAAGGUUGUUCAGUUGUCAUCCCAAAAGCAUGCAGCGACGUGAAAAGACACAAGAAGACAAUGAUAAAAAAACGCUCGCAAUCAGUAAACCUUGGUGGGCUACUGGAACAUCUGACCCAAAAAGAUCGCGACAAAGCUGACAAAGAUGAACCUCAGCCAAUGGGACUGGUGUUUGGAAUUCCCCUAACCAGAUGCAUUGCCAAUGAUAAUGAACUCCGGAAACGAAGACAACAGAACUCUGCAGAAAAUGUUGACCAGCAUAAACACCGCAAUCAAAGUUCGUCAUCUCACGGUUCAACAGAAAAUCUUCCGCGACAAAAUGGAAACCCUUCCCAUUCCGGUAAUACAGCCAACAAUCGUUCUUUCCAUGCCGGAAGCAGUGACUCUUUGUCAGAAUCCGAUGCAAGCAGUCGACAUACAGGUGGCAGCACCAACUUGAUUGAUGCACUCUCCUUAUCGAUGACAGGUCGAGACAGUCUUCACAACGAUAACCUGGAACACUUAAACAGUGAAGGACCAAUGGUACCACAGAUAGUAACCGCUUGUUUCAAACAUAUUGAGACCUAUGGUCUUCAUGUUUUAGGCAUCUUCAGAGUCGGCUGUUCAAAAAAGCGAGUGAAACAGCUACGCGAUGAGUUUGAUAGUGGCAAAGACGUUGUUCUAGACGAGACACAGAAUCCUCACGAAGUUGGUGCCUUGCUUAAGGAAUAUUUCCGAGACCUUCCAGAACCGCUAUUAACAAGAGAUCUCUACUCACCAUUUGUUGCUACAAGAAAAAUCCAUUGUCACGAACAACAAGCACUUGCUGUCAAAUUGUUAGUUGCUCUCCUACCCGUUCCAAUUAGGGACACUUUAUGGGCACUAAUGAAAUUCUUAAAAAAGGUCGCAGAACAUUCCACAGAUUCCAUCGGUGAAAACGGAGAACAGCUUCCAGGAAAUAAAAUGGGUUCGUCAAAUUUGGCAACGUUGUUCGGGCCAAAUAUUUUACACAAGGCCAAGUCGUCUGGAGAGCGCGAAUACCUGGUUGAAAGCACAGCGAGAGCAGAAGAACGAAAAGAGGUUAUCGAAGUUGUGAAAGAUAUGAUAGACAGCAACACUUCGAUGUUUGAAAUUUCCGCCGAGAUGUAUGACGAAGUUUUACGACAAAUGAUGAAAGAUGACCCGGGAGCUUGUGACAACCAUUUAAAGCACCUUGCCAGUGAUUUGGGGAUCGAAACCGACUUGGACACUUCGUACGGUAGCGUGUUUGACGAUAGCAACUAUCGCCAAAGUCCCCACCACUACGCAUCAGCCUCAGACAUUCUACAAAGUAGUCACGUGUCCGUCGGAAGUAACAGACCUAUCCUCCGGCAGACUGCAUCCACGUCUUCACCGACUCAUUACCCAACGUCGGAUUCGGAUAGAGACGACACCGAUCCCAGGCAAGGACUGUCCGACUACCAUGACCGACAGGCAAGAAGGAUUCUGCGGCAACGCGGGAAGCAAUCGUCUGCCCAAAUGCCGACAACCUCAUCCCCUACAACAGGGGGGUUACGGGUACCAUGCGUUCGUCUACCGCAGCGCUCCCUGUCGUCGGACAAAGAUAACCGGACCAUGCAGACUACAACAUUGACCAUUCCACAGCAAUCUCAUUAUCUGAGACAGAACAGCUGCCCUGGUCUUAGUUCGUCACCUCCAUCUUCGCCUCCGGUGUCGCCUGUGGUACCCUUCUCUAGACCUCUCGGUAGUACGUGUAGCCGACAGAAUACCCCGGUAGAUAAAGGAUCUCGCUCUGAAAGAGAACUGUCACAGACUGGACGCACACGACAACUGACUCGCUCCAGGGAAACAUCACCGGUGGACCGUCUUAAAGUAUCACCAUCAUCUUCGUCAACGACAAUUGCAGUCAGCGGAACCUCAAGUGGCGCAACGCCCUUACAGCAUGGACAGCCGCAGCGUCGUACUGCUACAGACACACAUUUGAUUAGAUCUGCAGUUUGGCAAAGAGAACGUUGGAGACAAUGGGAAAUGCUAACUACAGAAAAUAGUGAUGAUAAACACGAACAAGAAACUUUAGUUUAA